UCGAUUAUACCGCGGGCCGUCUCCCUCUUCCUCUUAUCCCCCGAACCAACGCCACCCGCUCGCCCGCCACCGCCGCCGCCCUCGCCUGGAUCUACCCGGCCCGCCGUCCCAUUCACCACCGAGAGCCGUCGUCGUCGCCCCCCACCGUCGGCCCACAUCUCCACCGCCACCGCGCUCCUCAGUCGCUCCAAGGCAUCCUCCUCGCGUCGUCACUCGCCACCGCCCGCCGUCGGUCCUCCCGCCAGCGCCAUCCACCACCGUCGGCGUCGUCGGCCCUACUCCGCAGCCGGCGACGCCCCCAAGAUCUGCGCCGUCGCAACCUCGGCCCUUCUCCACCACCGCCGCCGCCCUCCUCCAACUCCGCCGCGGCUCUCCUCCAGCACCGCCGUGGACCUCCUCCGCCGCUGUGUUGUAGUCCAGGUCUACAAAAGCGAUGGUGCUAUGUUAGCCUAAGUAGCUUUCUAAACUUGAACCAGCCUGGUGAUAACCCUGAUAACAUGGAGGAGGUUAAUCCAUCGGCCACUGCGCACUCUGGGAAUAGUGUCACUUCAUCGGGAAGAAGGGCUAGAGGUCCAACCAGGAUGCCCUCGGGCAUGUACACUAUCACAGCAGUAGAUGAAGAUGGGAAUCCUACAUCUCCAAAAUCGGCACUCACCCCAUAUUCCAAUGCUAUAGGUGUCAUUGCUCGGGAUGACAUCCCCAUCAAGUACCGACACUGGAAGAAAGCUGAUGUAGAUGAAUUGGAGUGGACGGUACCAAACAGAUAUAAGGACCUUGCUUGGGAAAGGUUGAAGCGGACAUUCCAGUUUCCUGAGGGUUCAGAACAACGCGCAAAGGACAGGGCCCUUCAGAGGAUGUCAGUUAGCUUUAAGAAAUGGAAGUCGGACCUUGCCAGCAAGUUUAUAAGGAAGGGCCUGACACCAAAUUUUGAAGACAAUAAUUAUCGAAGGAUCCGCCUUUUCUGGGAUGACUUUGUGGCCUACAGAGCAUCAGAAGAGGCAAAGGAGAUUAGUGAAAGGAACCAAGCCAAUUCGGCCAAAAAUCUGUACCCUCACCGUCUCGGCCCUAGCGGAUAUGCUAAGAAUGUAGACAAAUGGCGAGAGAGGGAAGAUGAGCUGCUGGAAAAGGGAAUCGAGAUCGAGACGAAGGAUUGGAGCCAACGGGCCAAGAAUUACCAAUACGCUCGAGGGGCAACACUUUCGGAUAUAGGUGAGUUGGUACACAAGGGUCCACGAGAGCAAGAAGUGACACAGAGGCUCCACGAUGCCCAUCAAAAGUCCUCAGAGGGUUCUUUUGUUCCGAACAGGGAGAAAGAUGAGCUCACACUUGCAUUGCAGAAUGAUGAGCAUCCGGGACGCACAAGAGGAGUAGGCCUAGUUCCAUGGAGGGAAGGUUUUACUGAAGACGGACAUAGGUACCGGUCUCGGAGAUAUAAGAAUUCCGGAGACCAAUCAGAAGAGAUAAGGCAACUGAAGGAUCAAAUGGCACUGAUAAUGGCGAGGCUCGAUAGUCAGGAUAGAGGCGAUGCUGGCCGUGUAAUCAGCCCAGGUGGGAGGAAAAGCAGUUGUGCGUCAACUAAGGUUCCUCAAGAACCGGACAUGGCUCGUUACCCUGUGGAUGACAUCACUGUACGUACUGCAUGCAGGCUGCAUGUGCCACUUCAAAACAUCACUCAAGAGGUGGCACGCGGUAUGGCACAUCCCGUAAUGGAGGGGGGAAAGAUACACAGUAAUCUGAUACCAAGUGGCUACUCAAGGGUCGAAGUGGGGGACGUGCCGAGCAGAUACAGGGCAGUCCAGCUUGAUUUUGCUCCAGAGAAGGGAAUAAACACUCUUGGAGAAGCCGUCCACAACAUAAUCCUGUGGCGCAAGCGUUUCAUUGUCUUCCCUUCAGGAGAUAGUGAUGAUGAGCCAAGCGAUGAUGGGUCUAGCUCUGAAGGGCUUUCUGUCUCCCCUCGAAGGAUGCCAACUCCACCACCAUUGCCACGUAAGAGCCAGUCUCCUCCACCGGCACAACGUAAGAGCCCAUCUCCUCCACCAGCAGAACACCAUAGGCUAGCUUCUUCAGACCCACCGAAAAAAAGGGGGCGCCUAUGUAAAACAUCCCAGAUGUUCGAACCCCCAUCUCUGAAGAAGACCAAGAAGGCGCCAUUGCCUAACAUGUCUGAGCCAACUUUGAAGGAAAAAAAAAAGGAGGCAGCAAACGUAAAAGUGCCAGUUGCAAUACAGGACCACUUCAUUCGCAUGGCAAGACCACCUGCCCCACUAGUACCUAUUUCGAACUUCCGACGCACAAUCAGGAAAAAGAAAUUGCAAGAAUUUUCCAAGGAAGAAUUUGAGACCAGCAAGACUAUGCAAGAUUUUCUAGAAGGUGCAAGGCUGAACAGUUUAUUUGAUGUACGCAAUAUUGCGAAUGCCCCAUUGGCAGCUCAGUACAAACUCGGUCAUUCUUUGACUACCGAUGAAUAUCGCAACAUCGUUGGCAAUUGUACUCAGAUGAGGAGGGUAGAAGAGUGGUACUUACAGAUGGCUAAGGAGGGUAAGGAGAUGUUCCCCGUCUUUUACAGGGACGAGGACUUUCAUCACUGUGAUGGUAUAUUUUGGGUCCCAUUUAAAGAACUAUUUCAACUAUACAAUCUGAUGGAGCUAGACUUAUCGCUAAUUCAAUUAUGGACAUUAAUGGCGGCACUUGAAUGUAGAACGACACAUGGCAAACUAGGAUUCCUCGAUCCACAAAUAAUCAAUUCCAGAAAUAUUGACCAGUUAGGCGAUAAGUCUGAACAAGCAGUGGUCGACUAUGUGCCUCACUGGAUCCUUCUUGUGAUCCAUUUAAACGAUUCCAAGAUUGUUGUCUUCGAUGGACUGAGGACCCCACAAGCCAAGUUCCAAUCUGUCAUUGACACCCUCAAUAAGGCACUUGUGAGGUAUAAGAAGAAGUGUAUUCGACACGCUCCGCGUGCAAAUACAUUCCGGGUUUGGGCCCACCCUUAUUGCUUACGCCAGGAUCCGGGCACGAGUACAUGUGGGUUCUACCUGAUGAGAUUUAUGUCGAUUUUCAUGGAGGACAACAACUGGAACAUUAUGGAUGCCAAGGUUCGCCAUGCUCUAAGACCUAUGUUCCUAACCCUGUCCUGGUGAUUAUUGAUGUUCAACCGAAGGAGUUUAUUGUGCUAUGCUGUGGAGGAGGUUAAAGAGAAUGCUACUCAGAAAAGUUAAAAGGUGUUUGUUCAUGUUCCUUCAGAAAUAGCUGCCCACUAGGUUGAGGAAAUUGGAGUUGAGCACCUUCUGAUGGAUGUCAAGGACACAACAAUAGGCACGCUUGCAACAGAGGUAACCAGCAAGCUUGCAGCCUUGAAAGGACUGGACGCGAGGCUCAGAGAGAUCCGUAGGUACUUAGAUCUUGUAAUUUAAGGGCAGCUCGGACUGAAUCAUGAGAUUUUGUACCACUUGCAGGUUCGCCUUCUGCUCAUUGCUUUCUGUAUGGUAUUCUUAGGAGUUACAUAUACCUCCAAUUCUCUUGCAUUUGCUAUAUUAGGAGGUCAGCACUUGAAAGCUAUCUCAUUUUACCGUCCUUUGGUUUUAUGGAAUAUUUGUGCCUUUGAGAUAUACCCCUCUAUUAUUGUGGUGGUUCGGAAUUCAGUAUCAGUAUAAAUAUCACUCCCAACUCAAAUAAAAAAUUGAUUAUUUGUGGAAUAUGCUGCCACUGGUAGUUUAUUGCCUUGUGAUGCUUCUGGUAGUUUUCACAAUACAUUGGACACGGGAUAUAUGAAGAGAUCUUUUGUAUGGUCAAAUCUGUUUUAUGUAUGGUUGUUAUGAUUCGUAAUGUCCUCUAUUUUCAUGAGGAACGUGUUUUUUUUCCCUGUAAAAGAAUGAAUGAAUACAGGACGGUACUAAUGCGUGGUAAUGCUUUACACUAGGUGGAAAAUACAACGAUAUAACUACUUGAUAUGUCUUGAGCUUUGGUCCCCCCAGUACUUUUUUGAUGUGUAAGCUAAGCAACAUUGUUUCAGGCCUCUUGUUUCCUAGAUGGACAAUGUGUAGUACUGCGAUAUGUUUGGAGAUUUUUGGAUGUGGGGUGAUGUGAAUAUGUGAAUUGAUGUUUGGAGAUGGAUAGCAUAUAUUAUGUGAAUUGAUGUGGGAUUUUUGUGUGUAUGGUGGAUUGAUUGAAUGGACAUACUGUGAACUGGCUACUUUUUUUUUUUUUUGGCUACAAGAUUACAGGUGCCAGUUAUUAACACCAACCGACACCUAUAAGCUUACGAGUGCAGCCCUUACACCAUCAUUGGUGCUGGUUCUUUAUCAAAACCGGUACUUGUAAUACCAUAUAGGUGUCGGUUUGGGAACCGGCACCAAUGACACCAUCAUUUGUGCCAGCUAGUUGGUGUCGGCAUCGAAACCGGUACCUAUUAGACCUUCGGAACCAGCACUAUGACUUCAUGUAGUAUUGUUAUUGUUCGUUGUAACUAUGCUGGUAAAGAAAAAGCUGAUUAACUCAAAACCCCGUAGUAAGUGACAGUACUCUUGGGUAACAUCUUGUUUGCAAAUUUAUGUGUGGUAAAAACAGCAUACCCGCGUACAUGUCAUCCACCAAUCCAAUCGCCAUGUGCACAUUACUGACUGUACUGACAACUGAUUUUCUAGUGAACCAGCAAAGAUAGCCUUAGAGCAGAUACAAUAGUAGGCUAUAAGCCAGCUAUAAACAUAUUUUAAAGAGAUAAAGGAAAAGAGAAGAACAGUGGACUACAGAUCUGUAGCCAGCUACAGCACGGACUUUAAGACAUAAUGUGUGUAUGAUAGGUGGGACUAAGUAUUAAUAGUAUAGUAAACAACUAUUGUAUAAAUUUAGCUAUAGAUGAUUUGGAGCUAGUAGUGAGCUAUACUAUUAAACUUGCUCUUAUAUCACCCGUCGUAAUGAGAGGUGAACCAUCUUCCAUUUUAAAUUGGUAUGUAGUUUUCAAAACUGAAAUUCAUUACAGAAUGAGAAACUACUGAUAAUCCCAAUGUAUGCAUAAGAUAAUAUAGAUAGAAAAAAUAAACCAUGUGAACCAACGACCCAACCUUUCCUCAUAUUCUAUUUAAAACCAAUUUAGUAUUAGAUAUUACGUUUUCUAGUAUGCCUAAAUUUGUUGUCCUUUCUAAUCCAAUAUACGUCUAAUCCAAUAUUAGGUUGAGUUUUUUGGACGGGGGACUACGUGUUUCUUUAAAAACUGAAGUUUUAUACACACAAAAUUUAUACAAAAUAAAAGGGCGAAAAAACAUAUAUAAAAAGAAAAGAAAAAGGAUAGUCCGAUUUAAUGACGCGAAAAAAAACCCUCCCAGAUCGCUGUGUUGCGUUCAAUCCGAGUCUGAUUCCCCAAACACACACGGAAAAAUCGUAAAAUCCCCCCAAAUCCAAUCUCAAGACACACGAGACAAAUCCUAAACUCCUCUCCAAUAAAUCCAAUCCAAUCUCAUGAAAAAAAAAAUCCAAUCUCGUUGUGGGAAGCCGCCGACGUGGCGUCGCCAUCGGAUCCACCAGGGGAAGCCAUUGACGCCGUCAUCGCUGCCGCUCGUGGUGGGGGAGGGCGUCGCCGCCACCGCUGCCGCUCGUGGUGAUCUUGAGGGUGGAGAGGGCGCCGUCGCUGCCGCUGCUCACGGUGGGGAGGGCGCCGUCGUUGCUGUCAUGGUUUGGGAAGUGCCGCCGGUGCUCGCGGUGAGGCAGCACCCCGCUCGCCCACCGAUGUGAGAGAGAGAGGGGAGUGAGUGGAGAAGUAGAGA